GCCAGAUGUUGGGCAGCGGCCAGCCGCCCACAGUAAGUGCUGCCGGGGCGCCGAGUCCCUCCCGCCCCGCAGCAGGCAGCGCCCCGCCAUGGCCCGCACGGCUCCCCCGGCCGUGCCGCCGCCGCCCCCGGGACCGCCGCCCCGCGGCUCGCUCGGGCUGCACCGCGCCUUCCUUCGGAGCCCGCUGGGGCUGCUCCGCCUGGGGCAGCUGGCGGUGGGCGCCGCCUUCUGGCUCACCGUGGCGGCCCACUGGUACGAAGGAGCGGCCCACUUCGCCCUCUUCGCCGCCGUCCUCGUCUGGCUGCUCACGCUGGGCCUCUUCGGGCUGAGCGCUCUGGGGCGCUGGGAGCUGGUGCCCUGGCUGGGAUCCCGCUGGCUGCUGGCCAACCUGGCACACGACCUAGUGCUGGGCGUCGGGCUCUGCACGGCUGCCGCUGGCAUCAUGGGUCACAAAGCCGGGCAAAAGAGCUACUGCAACCUGCCGGGGUACAGCCAACGCUGUCUCUACGGAGCCUACCUGGGAGCUGCUGUCUGCGGUGCCGUGGCUGCCUGCCUGUACCUCUUCUCCGGGCUCUACUGCCUGGCACGGCGCUGCCGGGACCAACGUGACAUCGUCUGAGCCCCGUGGCUGCCCCGCUUCCUGCACGUGGACGGACCGCGGCCCUGCUUUAGGACGCGGUGACCCCGCUGCUCUGUCCCCUCCCGGCUGCUGCACCGCGCUUCCUCCACUGCCCCCUGCACGGAUGGAUGGACAGACGGACAGAGACCUUCUGCCAGGAGAGUGGGCACCAAUUCCUGCACCAGCUCCUUUGCACCCUGCACAGAACGACAGACGGAUGUAAGCAAAUCAGAGGACCCAAGCAGGGAGCGCCCAAGUGGACCGCAACUGCUGGGAGCCCCGUGGGGCCCUGCCUGACUCCUGCCCUGGGUGUGCUCAGGUGGGUGCCAACUCUGUCCCUGGGGAGAUGGAUGCUGUGCUGGAGGAGUGGAGCAAAGCUGGGCCCAGCCCCUACUCUGCUGGCAGCCCCGUGGCCUCCACAUUGCCUAAUGGAGUCUCUGCUGUGAUCUCAGCUUCCCCACCUCGGGCCCCUCCUCCACGUCCGGUGUCUUCCCGGAACCCUGUGGGCACAGAGCUUACCCACCCUGGGCACAGCCUCACCAACUGCUGCCUCAGCGCCAGGUGCCCCAUCCCACCUUGGAGCUGAGCCCAGCAAAGCCCCUGUCACUGUUGGAGCCCGUGGCAGGGAGGGUGCUGCAGGCUGCCUCUGUGAGCAAGGCGGGGCAACAAAUUCCUCCAGCCUUGGGGUUUGUGCUGCUCUGGGGUGACAAAGGCGCUUUUGUAAUCCCAGCCUGGAGCUCAGUGCUACUGCUGCAUCCUUCAGGCUGGUUCUGCGCUGGGAGUGGGGCUCCCAUCUCACCACAGAGACCCGUAAGCCUACCUGAGGCCUGUCUGCUCCAGCCAGAACAGGCACGGCUUGCCCUGCCUGGCUCCACAGCACUUGGAUUGUCAUCCUGGAAAACUCUUUUUGUUGUGAGACUACGUGUUUCCGUCUCCAUCCCUGUGCUGCCCACAGACUGAUAAUGGAAGGGUGAUUGCAGCAGUCUCCUUGUAGGACAUAGCCUAUCUGUGAGGGGAGGACUCCGGACCAGCCCCACAGGUAUCCGGGGCUGUGCAGGGUCUGCGGAAGCAUUGGGCAGCCAGAGACUGGGAAGUGUUGGAGGAGCACCAUGCCAGAGCUGCCUUGGCCACCAGCUGUCCUCACCCUGCUUGAGGACGCAUUCUCCCAUUGCUUUCAGGGCACAAAAGGACUUCCCCAGCCCCUGCGUAGGCUCAGUUUGGAAGACUGUGGCCCCCAUAGCUGUCACCUGGUGCCUUUUUGUGGGGGUAGCAGCGGCAAUGGCAUGGAGGGGCUGGGUUGGCACUAAAUCACAGCUUCUAUCACCAAGGGCUGAAUCAGCAGAUACACGUGUGCUCCCACACUCUGCCAGCCCCUGGGCCACCCCCUGGCAGGAUGUGCUGUCCCUACCCUGUGUCAGGGCAGGUCCCAGACACUGCUGGCCCCUGCGUGCUCUGGUGCAGCCCCGAGGCCCAGGCUGCCUGCACGCAGCGAGGCUAGUGCUGCCCUAAGUGCCUUGCCCCACAACCCCAUGCUGCCUCUUGUACCUGCCACUGUCCCACUGCAGCCCCUUCUCUGGUGCCUUUGGAUUCACAUUCCAAAUAAAGCAACACUGACGCUC